AUGGUUGAAACCGGUUUAGAAGAAUUCCCUAAUGAUGGAACUGGCCUCGUGGUUAUCGACCCUUGGCUAAAACCGUUCUCUUCCUUUCUACAACAAAGAUACACUGCCUACAAAAAAUGGGUUGACGAUAUAAAAUCAAACGAAGGAGGAUAUGACCAGUUCACGAAGGGAUACGAAAAAUUUGGGAUCAACGUGCAAACGAAUGGUGACAUAAUUUACCGCGAGUGGGCUCCCGGUGCCGUGACCGCAAGUUUGAUCGACAAUUGGGACAGAACGGCACAUCCAAUGAAAAAGAAUUCAUUUGGAGUAUGGGAAAUUCACAUUCCCGCCAAUUUCGGCAGACCCGCUAUCCCUCAUAAUUCAAAAAUAAAAAUUUCCAUGACAACGCAAAGUGGAGAACAUAUUGAUCGUCUUCCCGCUUGGAUCAAACGUGUGACUCAGGAUUUAUCUGUGAGCGAAGCAUAUGACGCCGUCUUUUGGAACCCGCCACAAAAGUAUACUUGGAAAAACAAGGCUCCUCCGAAACCCACAAGCUUGAGAAUUUACGAGGCUCAUGUUGGCAUAUCAUCUGUUGAGGGGCGUGUUGCCACUUACGACGAAUUCACGGAUAACGUCCUGCCGCGUAUUAAGAAUUUAGGUUAUGAUGCCAUCCAAUUGAUGGCCGUCAUGGAACAUGCUUAUUAUGCCUCGUUUGGUUAUCAGGUCACAAGCUUCUUUGCCGUCUCUAGCCGAUAUGGCACGCCUGAACAGUUGAUGAGACUCAUUGACACCGCUCAUGGAAUGGGGAUUAGCGUGUUAUUAGACAUCGUUCACUCGCACGCAUGCAAGAAUGUUCUGGAUGGACUGAACAUGUUCGAUGGAACGGAUCAUUGUUAUUUCCAUGAAGGUGGAAAGGGACGACAUGACCUUUGGGAUAGUCGUCUAUUUAAUUACGGCCAUUGGGAAGUUCUUCGUUUCUUACUCUCAAAUCUCCGAUUUUAUAUGGAAGAAUACAAGUUCGAUGGAUUUAGAUUUGAUGGAGUCACGAGUAUUAUGUAUAAACAUCACGGUAUUGGAACGGGCUUCUCGGGUGGAUAUCAUGAAUACUUUGGUGACCCCGUGGAUGACGAAGGCGUCGCAAAUGAUAUGCUUCACACUCUAUAUCCACGAGUCAUCACCAUCGCCGAGGACGUUUCGGGCAUGCCAGGAAUUUGUCGUCCUGUAGCCGAAGGCGGUGUUGGAUUCGAUUAUCGUCUUGCGAUGGCUAUUCCAGAUAUGUGGAUCAAGUUGUUAAAAGAAAAAAGCGAUGAUGAAUGGGAUAUCGGUAAUAUCUGUUGGACUUUGACCAAUCGUAGACAUUUGGAGAAAACUAUUGCAUACGCUGAAUCACAUGACCAAGCUCUUGUCGGUGACAAGACCCUGGCCUUCUGGCUCAUGGACAAAGAAAUGUACACGAACAUGUCUGAUUUAUCUCCUCGCACGUCUAUUAUAGAUCGUGGAUUGGCUCUUCACAAGAUGAUUCGUUUAUUGACUCAUGCUCUUGGCGGGGAAGGUUACCUAAAUUUUGAAGGAAACGAAUUUGGGCAUCCCGAAUGGUUAGAUUUUCCGCGACAAGGAAACAACAAUUCGUUUCAUUACGCCAGACGUCAGUGGAAUGUCGUGGAUGAUCAUUUGUUGAGAUAUCGAUAUUUGAAUGAGUUUGAUAAAGCGAUGCAACAUGCUGAAGAGAAAUUUGGUUGGUUAAAUUCUCCACAGGCCUACAUUUCACUAAAACAUGAAGAACAAAAGGUGAUCGCCUUCGAGAGAGCAAAUCUGCUCUGGAUCUUCAACUUCCACCCAACAAACUCACACGCUGAUUAUAAGAUAGGAACCGAAUGGGCAGGCAAUUACCACGUUAUACUCAAUACUGACAACCCUAAAUUUGGGGGCCACGACAGAAUCUAUGAAAAACAAAAAUACGUGUCACAACCACAAGAAUGGAACGGGAGAAAAAAUUUCAUUCAGAAGGUCUAUAUCCCAUGUCGCGUUGCCAUAGUGCUAGCUCACGAUAGUUUCAAGGAAUAA